CUUUACCUGAAUGUUUUUUAUCUUUCCUUCAUCACCAAGGAGAAGAGACUUUGGGAAGCAAAAACAUUACAAUUAAUUGUUGACUUUGCUUAUUUCAACUAUCUUUGCAAGUGUCUCUACUGUUAACUAGAUUAAUUAGUUAAUUGAUUUGUUUCUUCUUGUUUUAAUUUAAAUGAAUUUAACAACCUUUAAAUUUGUAAUAGUAAAGCGACCACUUUACAGAUCCGAGACGACCUAAUGUCAUCUUCAUCGGAUACUAAGUCAACCAGUUUAAUCUACCAUCAUCAACAAAUUAAACCUCAUAAUCAUCAUUAUCGUUUGCCUUUACCAUGGCUAUAGCAUCUUUAUUUAUUUUAGGUCUCCUUGGAUUGCAUUACCAUGGAGCAUUAUCAGCUACCUCCGAUAGCACAUCUAGUCAAUGGAAUCGUCCCAUUUAUGGUACAUCUCCAUAUGAUGCUUCAAGUUAUCCUGGAUCUCAGUAUUACCAGCAAGAAAAUCAACAUUCAAAGCCUAUUUCCGGAAGACUAUUAGAAGGUGUAUAUGGUCAUUCAGAUCGUCGAUGUAAACAGGCAUUAGAAAAUAAAAGACCACAAGAACUGAUCACUGUCGAAACGAAAUACGGAUCUUAUGCAGGCAGAAUUUCGUACCUUUGUGAUGCUCCAGGUUUACCAGUUUGGUCUAGACCAGGAUCACCUUCAAAUAGAUUGAUUAGUUGGCAAUAUGAAGUUGCCGUAUUUUUGGGAAUACCUUAUGCUCGACCGCCAUUAACAGAGCAUGGACUGCGUUUCAAGUCUCCACAGCCACCAUCAUAUAAAGGAUCUUGGAGUGCAGAUAGAUUCCGUCCGUCUUGUCCUCAGCCAUCUCAAUAUACAGGAGCUGACAAAAUGAUUUACGAAGUUAAUGAAGAUUGUCUCUAUUUAAAUAUUUACACACCAAAGGCUUCAGAGAACAAGGAAAAACCUAGUCCAGUUAUGAUCUACAUUCAUGAUGGUAAUUUUAUACACGGAUCCGGGAAUCGAUUCCCUGGUCAUAUGCUUGCUGCUUCGCAAGAUGUUGUAGUAGUCACUUUUAAUUAUCGUUUAGGAAUAUUAGGAUUUUUUGCCACUGCCGAUGAAUCAUCUCCAGGAAAUUACGGUAUAUUGGAUCAAAUUCAACUUAUACAUUGGGUUCGUGAGAAUAUACGUAAAUUUGGCGGUGAUCCUGAAAUGAUUACUCUUUUUGGUCCUGGUGCUGGUGCUGCUAGUGCUGGUAUCCUGGCAAUAUCACCUCUUAGUCGAAAGUAUAUCAAGCGAGUUAUUGCUCAAAGUGGUUCCGCAGUUGCUCCUUGGGCAUCUAUUAAUGAACCAAUUAUGAUAAGAAACAUGUCAAUUGUGGUUGGAGCUGCUUAUGGAUGUAGCACACCUUUGACACGUAACCUUGUUGAAUGUCUUAAAAGUCGUAGCUCAUCUGACAUUCCGAUUGCUGCUGUUGCCAAUCAAGUUGGAUGGUUACCCUUUGCCCCGGUGCCAGACAUGACAACACGACCUUUAGGAACAGAGGUAUUACCCGAUACGCCUGAGGUUAUUUUACAGAAAGGAUUUCCUGUUGAUGAUAUCCAUUUAGAUGGUUACCUGACAGGAGUAACAAGAGAUGAAGGAUCAGCAAUGGUAUACAGUGAUGAAGAAAUAAAGCUCAAUGACUAUCAAGUUACACUUGAAACUUUGGAAGAAAAAAUUGAAAAGUAUUUAAAAAUAUACAACGCAACACUAAAUCCAGAGGCUUUUAAAUCAGCUCUUCGCUUCAUGUACACUCCACCCGUAGAUCCAACAAACGGAACACAAAUUCGACAAGGACUCAUUGACAUGUAUACAGAUUCAUGGAAUGUAGCUGGAGUUGAUAAAAUGAUGAAAUUGAUGGUAAAAAAUAAGAUUAAAACAUACAUGUAUGUUUUAAAUUACACCAUUGAAAGUUUGCAUUGGCCAAGGUGGAUGGGAGUUCCUCAUGAUACGGAAUAUUUUUUAAUUUCUGGAGCUCCCUUUAUGGAUGACCAGUUUUACCCUAAAAUGUAUCAUCUAGACAGAGUAAAAUGGAAAGAAGAUGAUCGUAACAUGAGUACAUUCUUCAUGAAGGCUUGGGCUGACUUUGCUCGUCACGGUGAUCCCACUCCAGUUGCUUUGUUUAACAAUAUCCUCUGGAAACCAGUUGAUCCUGCCACACUUCAAUACCUAUCUGUAAACACAACCAAUUAUACUAGUAUAAUGCAUCGAGACUAUAAGCAAAGAGAAGCCAAAUUUUGGAAUGAAUAUAUACCCGAAUUAGUAGGGCAACCAAAACCCAUUUGGCCUCCACUCUAUCAGCCAAUAGAGGGCGAAUUGAGAAUGUACAGGGCUUCUUUAUGGGCUAUCGUGGCCAUUCUAGUGAUCCUCACAUUCAUAUCAGCUCUGUGUUCAUGCCUCUAUUGUAAAGCCAAAAGAGAUCGAGUCGGCAAUGCUGCUCUUGAUUACAAUUUUCCCGAUAUAACUGCCAUUGGAACACAAUACAGUGCUCCAUCCACCCGAGCCAAUUCAGAGAUAUCAUUAUCCAGUCGCACUAGAGCAGAUUAUGCACAAACUCAUAAACUCAUGCCAAGUGGUAAAGACAAAUACAAGCCAAUCGACAAAGCAUUCCGUCCCAAGACUCACAGGGAUAGACAAACUCGAGUUUGACUAAAUGCCUAUUAAACUGUUUGUCACAAUGACCAUUCCAUUUUCAGUGUUCAAAACCUUUCCUUAACAAAAUAAGGAAAGGGGCUCUCUUAAAGUCUAUUCAGAUACCUCACUCAUUCAAUAUUCAAGUUGAUUUGAAUAUUAUCAAGUUAUAUCAUUGAAUAAUAUAACUAUCGACAAACAUAUAAUUAAUGUGGUACUCUUAAUGUCUAUCUAUUUUAGAGAACUCCAAUCAUGACUGAUGUCAAAUGAACGUCGCCAGUGUUGAAUGUUUUUUGUUUUUUUUGUUUGAUUAUUUUUAUUUCAGCGCAUCUGGCAGUAUUUAAUUCACAAGGCCAAAGGUUAUCAAAGAUAAACUCACACAUAUUUACACAUUAACUACACAUAAGUACGCUUUUUGGUAUCACCACGCAUCAAUUAUAUGUGCCUUUACAGUACAAUCAUGUUCAAUUGAUCUUUUUUUCAUGUAAAGUAUUCAUUUCUUUGUGAAUCACCAAAUCAAAAACUAUAUACUUGAUCAUUUUGAUUAAUAAAACACUGUUUUCAUUAA